GGAAGCGUGCGCGCUGACGUUGGUUUCGAAGUACUGUGUCAGGCCAGUAGACGGCAGUAAAUAUAUAUUCUGCAUUGCCGCUCGGUAAACAUGAUAGAAUAAUAAAAUAAAGACUUCCGGUUUUGGAGCGCCCUUUUGAUAUUUAGACCGAACAUUACUUAAAAAAUAUCAUAAUAUUUCAGGUGUAGAGUUGGUUAUUCGUAGCUUGUUACUAGGGGAGAGUUAAUGUUCUAUUUUCAGUUUGGGAAGUUGAACGAUGUCUGGCUUUUUUGACGGAACUCUCCUGACAGUCACCAUGCAGACCUCUCUCGCUCACUCACCGCAGAAUGCACUUAGCCCCCAGGAGCUGUCCCAGGAGAUCAAAUCCUUCAUCAGUGGCGUGGACCAGACCCAGGGUCGUAAACUCAGCGUCCGUGAGCAUGCCCGCUGUGCAGUGCGUCUGCUACGAUCCGUGCCUGCCUGUCGUGGGGCGGUGCUUGAGCACCUAAGGGGCGUUUACAACGAGCAUGUAUCAGCCUUUCUUCACAAUCUGGAGGCGGACGGCGACGGGGACUCCAACCUGGAGGACGUCAUCAUGGAGGUCCAUGGCGUCCUGGCAGAGUUCAUCAGGCUCAACCCCCGAGCCUGGGCUCCCCUCGUCUCCACCUGGGCUGUAGACCUGCUGGGGCAGCUGAGCUCCAAGCAUGCUGGUCGCAGGGCAGCUCCCCAAUCCUCCAGCCUCAACGAGCUGCUGCAGCUGUGGAUGUCCUGUGCAGCUACCCGCUCCCUCAUGGAGGCCUAUACCCAGUGCCUGGCGGCCAUGAUAGCCUGGUGUCCUGAUCAAUGUGUGGACGCUCUCCUGGACACCUCCGUGCAGCACUCCCCCCACUUUGACUGGGUGGUGGCCCACAUCGGAUCCUCCUUCCCAGGCACCAUCAUCAGCCGCGUCCUGGCCUGUGGCCUUAAAGACUUCUGCUCCCACGGAACGGCUGACAAGGGUCAGGGAGACAAGAGCAACCGAGUGCCUAAGAUCGGCUCUGUGGUGGGGAUCCUGGGCCACCUGGCGGCGCGGCACUCUGACAGCAUCCGGCAGGAGCUGCUGAGGAUGUUCCAGGAGAGCCUCAUUCCCCCGACUAUACCCCCCAGCUCUGGGUCCACCUCCUGGGAGCACUCAGCUCAGCUACGCCGAGGCGCAGUGCCCUUCCUCCUCCAGCUGGCGGCGCUGUCACCCUCUCUGCUGGGCGCCGUGUCUGCUGAGCUGGUGGAGUCUCUACAGCCUCCAGUCUUGCUCCAGCUCCAGGCUGUUCUACAAGGGCUUCCCAGGGACGAGCUGGACAACAUGAUGGGGCUGGUUGUUCACCUCAUCGCCCAGAGCCCUGCUGGAGGGGCAUGCAUCCUCCGUUUCCUCGCUGACACGGCCACCCCCGCAUCCGUCAUUAUCUCCGGCCCAACGCCUUCCCCUCACGAGGGGGUCCGGGAGGCCUGCGACCGCCUCCUCCAGAUGCUCCUGCUGCAUCUCCACAAGCUGGUCUACACCUGCUCAGAGGGGGACGACGGCUACUACAGCCGCCCCCACUCUCCCUCCUCCCAGGCCCCCCGGGUAGUCCCCUUCCUGGAGGAGAUGCAGUCACACGUGGGAGAGCUGUGUGCCGAGACAUUGAGGCUGGAGAGGAAGCGCCAUCUCUGGCUGCACCAGCUGCUGUGUCUGCUGUCUGUGUACAGGGGCCCCAGUGUGGCCACGGAGGCCCUCUGUCAGCUGCUCACCCUGGCACGGAACCCAGACCAGCUGGCCCUGGCCUGGCAGCUCCACACCCCGCUGUCCACCUGCCUGCCAGGCCUCAUCCCUGCAGCAGUGACUCGCUGCGUGGCCCAGAUCCACACACACACCCUGGGACCCAAGCAGCUCUGCCAGCUCCUCCUCAACCUGGCCUCUGCCAUGCAGAGUGUACAGGAGGAGGAGAGGAGGGGUCCUGGAGGCAUGGGAGGAGGUGCUAGUCCUCAGUCCUCCAUGGCAGUGCAGGUUGGAGCAGCGGUCUCGGGACACCUCCAUGAUUUCUGUCCUCUGCUCCUCCACGGUGACCAGGCGGUAUCCCACGCUGCCGUACGGCUCCUGUCCCGCAGCCUCCUCCCCCGUGCCACCCUGCCUUCCCACCUGCUGCUCGUCUGUCGGGCCGCCGUCACACACUUCUUCCUGGCGCUGCGGAGGAGAGUACAGGCAGGGAAGGGGAGAGACGGAGGGCAGGGAGGAGAGGCGGUGAACUGUUCAGUGCUCCUCCUGUCCCGUCUGGCAGGUUACUCCCCUCUAACCCUCAAAUGUGUCCUGCUGCAGCUGGUGGAGGGAGCUCUACAUAAAGGAAACGCUGACCUGUUCGGAGGGCAGAGCGAGGACAUUAGAGGGGAUACCCCCAUCUCCUCGACCUUGGCCCCUGACCGGGGGGGCUUCCUGCUGGACAUCAACUGCAGGUUUGGCACUACGGUCAACUUCUCUGGCAGUGUGUGGUCUGUGUUCCAUGCUGGGGUGAUAGGGAAGGGUCUGAAGCAGCGCAGCGCUACGCCUCACCCCGACGCUGCCAGUGUCAUACAGAACGUCCAGACUCUGCUGGCUGUCACCGUCCAGUGCUGCAGCGCGCCAUCUGGGAAUGGUGGCAACAGUGGAGGCACCCGACACCAAUCCUCCGUCGUUCCCGACGAGCCGCCGCCCAUCAACGCUGAGGCGGCCAAAAUGAUGGCGGUGACGCUGGUGGAGUAUAUCUGCCCCGACGUGGCCAACGGGGAACUGUCAUGGCCGCCAGAGGAACAUGCACGCACAACUGUAGAACGUGACAUACACAUCCGCCGCUGCUUUGAGGCCCACCCUGUCCUCUUCCCUUUACUCCAUGUUGUGGCUGCCGGGCAUCCUGCUCUCUGUUACUGUUCUGCGGUGCUCCGGGGCCUGCUGGCCACUCUGCUAGCCCACUGGGAGGCUUCGAGGGAGCCUUUGGCAGUAGACUCCCCCUGGCACCUCCAGGCCUCCUGUAUGCUGGUGUCAUGUAUGGGCGAGGGCCAGCUGCUGCCCCCGGUGCUGGGCAAUGUCCACGAGGCCUUCCCCUACCUGACGCCCUUCGAGGUGAGGCUUCUCCUCCUGGCUGUGUGGGAGUAUGUGAGGGGCAAUGGCCCCAUGCCACAGAAGUUUGUCUUCAGUGCCGAGAAGGGCCUGUUCUGCCGGGAUUUUGCACGGGACGGGGACGUGGCGAGAUACGUAGCGCCCAUCCACAGUGUCCUGCAUAAGAACAUUGACCGGCUGGGGCAUCUAUGCUGGCGUUUCCAGCUCUGAACAAGGGAAGGAGAGAACUGAAGGAGGGAUGGAUGGAUGAAGAGGAUGCAAGAAGGGGACGCUUGGGAUUGAUUGUUAAAGAUGAGGAAUGUGUGGUUAUAGGUCAUUGUGGAGAUGUUGCUUUGCCGUUUUCUAAGUUUGAUUUUUGCUCUAUCACUGUCAUCUAGUUCUGUAUGCACUCUGAAGCAUACAGUGCCUUCAGGAAGUAUUCAUACCCCUUGACUUUUUCCACAUUUUGUUGUGUUACAAUGUGAGAUAUUAAAAUGGAUGUAAUUGUCAACGGUCUACACAAAAUACUCUUUAAUGUUAGUGGUGGAAAAAGUACUCAAUUGUCAUACUUGAGUAAAAGAUACCUUAAUAGAAAAUUACUCAAGUUAAAGUCACCCACUAAAAUACUACUUGAGUAAAAGCCUUAAUGUAUUUGGUUUUAAAUAUACUUAUGUAUCAGAAGUAAAUGGAAUUGUUAAUGUACUUAAGUAUCAAUGGUAAAAGUUUAAACCAUUUAAAAUUCCUUAUAUUAAGCAAACCAGACGUCACAAUUAUUUAAAAAAAAUGAUUGACGUAUAGCCAGGGGCACACUCCAACACUCAGACAUAAUUUACAAACGAAGCAUUUGUGUUUAGUGAGUCUGCCAGAUCAGAGGCAGUAGGGAUGACCAGGGAUGUUCUCUUGAUAAGUGUGUGAAUUGGACCAUUUUCAUGUCAAAAUAUGAGUACUUUUGGUUGUCAGGGAAAAUGUAUGGAGUAAAAAGUACAUUAUUUUCUUUAGCAAUGUAGUGAAGUAAAAGUCAUAUAAAUAGUAAUGUACAGAUACCCCCAAAAACUACCUAAGUAGUACUUUAAAGUAUUUUUUACUUAAGUAUUUUAUGCCACUGUGUAAUAAGUGGAAGAAAAAUUAUAUUUAUAAGAAUGAAACACUAAUAUAUCUUGAUUGGAUAAGUAUUCAACCCCCUGAAUCAAUACGUGUUAGAAUCAACUUUGGCAGUUUUUACAGCUGAGUCUUUCUGGUUAAGACUCUAAGAGCUUUGCAUAUCUGGAUUGUACAAUAUUUGCACAUUAUUUUAAAGCAUAUCCAUAACAUGAUGCAGCUACCACCAUGCUUUAAAAUACGAAGAGUGGUAUUCAGUGAUGUGUUAUGUUGGAUUUGCCCCAAACAUAACGCUUUGCAUUCAGGACAUGAAAUUCAUUUUUCUGCAACAUUUUUUAGCAGUUUUACUUUAGUGCCUUAUUGCAAACAGGAUGCAUAUUCUGUACAGGCUUCCUUCUUUUCACUCUGCCAAUUAGGUUAGCAUUGUGGAGUAACUACAAUGUUGAUACAUCCUCAGUUCUCUUAUCACAGCCAUUCAACUCUAACUGUUUUAAAGUCACCAUUGGCCUGGAGUGGUUUCUUUCUUCUCCGGCAACUGAGUUAGGAAGGACCCCUGUCUUUGUAGUGACAGGGUGUAUUGAUACACCAUCCAAAGUGUAAUUACAGUUUUUCCCAAUUGGUAAAACACAAUUUUGCAAACUAGGCUGGUUUUAUCAAAAUACUUAACACAAUUCACAAAACCACACCCCCAAACUGCAAAAAACCUCAUAUAUCCUGCAAAAUGAAGCCCUGCAACCAAAACUACAUAUAGCAUUAUCGAAAUCAAACGUUUGCAUGAAAUGGCACACACUUCAUUCAUAUAACCAGAUUUUUGUCUAACCAACUACACACUGUUGGACAUAAUGAAAAGCACUCUCAUCUUCAGUAUGCUUUGCCAUAAUACUAAAAUAGUUCAAGUUGUAGAAAAAUCUUCAGAUGCACAGAAAUAUUUGUAGAUACACACACACAUGCUGUUGAAACAUUUAUUUUUAUUUUUCACCAAACAAGUCAGUGCAACAUAUGCCCAGCAGAUAUAUUUACAUUGGACUGAACCAAAAUAUGAUCACAAAAAAUCUGUAAACUGAAAAAGAAAAGGCAAGAAAAAUAAUAAGGCAGCAUCUUGUCGCACAGCUGGUUCUGGCCACAACGCCUCGUCCACAUCACAGGCAAUAUCUUCCCUUGCCAGACAUCGAGGGAAGAAGCUCCUUGAGUGUCUUAUCCAUCCCUAAAUCGCACCCACAUCAAUCUCAUCACAUGCCUCUUCCAUAGCCUGCACAAGAGGCAUGCUCACAAAGGGCUGCCGGUCGUAUACCUUCCACCGCCAUGCCGAAAAUAACUUUUCUAUGGGGUUCAGAAAUGGUGAGUAUGGUGGGAGGUAUUGCAUGAGAAAUGGUGGGUGGUCAACAAACCAGUUUUGGACUGGGGCUGCACGAUGAAAGCUCAUGUUGUCCCAUACUACAACGUACCGGGUUCUUUGAUGGUCUGCAUCAUUCAGCUCUGGUGGUAUGAGAACGUUGUGGAGUGUGUUGUAUGGUCCAAGGUUUGACAUGACGGUGGAGGACACCAUGCGUAUUGGAGAUGGCAGCACACAUUGUGAUGUUCCCACCACGUUGGCCAGGAACAUCUAUAAUGGCUCUGUGGCCAAUGACGUUUCUCCCACUUCUUCUGGUCUCUGCUAGGUUGAACCCAGCCUUAUCUAUAAAGAUGAACUCAUGUGGGAUUGCAUGAGCAUCCAUUUCCUGUACUCCCUGAAAACAAAGAACAAAAGCAGUCAAUAUGGUGUUAUCCAGUACACUGGGAAACAAUGUUGUGUGUAGUGUACUGCAGUCAAUAUGGUGUUAUCCAGCACACUGGGAAAUAAUGUUGUGUGUAGUGUACUGCAGUCAAUAUGGUGUUAUCCAGUACACUGGGAAACAAUGUUGUGUGUAGUGUACUGCAGUCAAUAUGGUGUUAUCCAAUACACUGGGAAACAAUGUUGUGUGUAGUGUACUGCAGUCAAUAUUGUACUUACCUCCACAUAUGCUCGUCUGACCUCUUUGUUUCUUUGAGAGUUUCUCUCAAAUGACACCUUAUAAAGUUGUUUCAUUCUGAUUUGGUUUCGCUUGAGAAUGCGAGCCAAUGUGGACACACUGACUCAUUGAAUGUUAUUGAAUAUGGUGUUGUCUUGGAUGAUGUGGCUUUGAAUUUAUCGUAAUCUGAUUUCAUUUUCCAAAACCAUGUUUACAAUGGCAGCUUCCUGUACUCCGGUGAACAUUUGGCCCCUUCCUCCACCAUGGUUGGCCCCUUCCUCCACCAUGGUUGGCCCCUUCCUCCACCAUGGUUGGCCCCUUCCUCCACCAUGGUUGGCCCCUUCCUCCACCAUGGUUGGCCCCUUCCUCCACCACGGUUGGCCCCUUCCUCCACCACGGUUGGCCCCUUCCUCCACCAUGGUUGGCCCCUUCCUCCACCAUGGUUGCUUCUCUCAGUCCUUUAGAAAAACUAAAAUAUAGGGCUUGUACAAUGCAGCCUAAAGAUAUUUCCCCCACAGUAGAGUAAAUUCUACAGGAAAUGUGUGCAGUUAGUGUAUGACAUCAGCCAUUCAUGAAGUAAACAGGUGUCACCCAACUGAUACACUAUGACAUGGGGUGUACUACAUAGUGUGAAAGAAAUGUUGGUUACAUACCUGUACUCCAGUCUAAAUGUCCGGAUGACACAGGCGACAGUAAAAGGGCUCAAGUUGGGCUGCACUCUCUGUCCAGCCUCUCGCAUUGUCAGCCCAUGGUUGAUGACAUGAUCAACUAAGGUUGCUCUGAUUUCAUUUGAAAGUUGUUGUCUUCUUUGGCCAUGAACUCCUUUACCAGCUCUACCCCUACCCCUCACUCUUCCUCCCCCUCUCAUUCUCAACCUCCCUCUUCCUUUCUCUGUAAUUGCUUCCAUUGUUGUUGUAAAACAAAAGGUGCUCACCUGUGGUCUUUUCAUAGUGCUUACUUCCUGAUUGAAGUGGUAACAUUUAACCAGAGGUGUUUGGCCAGGUGGCACAUGUGUUGGCCAAUUAGCUCAUGUAGUGUCAUUUUGAAUGGCUGUGUUUUGAAAUGGCAAACAUGUGACUUUAUGUCAGAUUGUUGUGUCUUAUGCAGAGAACUGUGUGCAGUGCAUUUAAAAAGUGCCAUUUUGAAUUGCAAAAUGUGUGUAAAGCAGAAAAUGUGUUUAGACUUUUGGAGACUUGAGAAGAGGUUUUGCUCUCUGUGUGUCAGUUUAAAUAAUUGUGCUGUGCAUGUCAUUUUUGUGUGUUAGCAAUUGGACAAAACUGUAAUAACUUCACCAUGCUCAAAGGGAUAUUCAAUAUCUGUUUUAUUUAUUACCCAUCUACCAAUAGGUGCCCUUCUUUUCAAGGCAUUGGAAAACGUCCCAGUUCUUUGUGGUUGAAUCUGUUUGAAAUUCACUGCUCGACUGAGGGACCUCACAGAUAAUUGUAUGUGUAGAGUACAAAAAAACCCAUGUCAAACACUAUUAUUGCACAUCGAGUGAGUCCAUGCAAUUUAUUAUUUUAGUUGUUUAGCAAAUUUCUGGUCCUGAACUUAUUUAGGCUUGUCAUAACAAUGGGUUGAAUACAAAUAUAAAUAUUUCAUUUUAACAUUGUGCAGUAUUGUGUGUAGGCCAGGGACCCAACAUCUAAAUAGAAUCCAUUUUAAAUUCAUGCUAACACAACAAAAUGUGGAAAAGGUGAAGGGGUGUGAAUGCUUUCUGAAGGCACCUUAGUUCACCAAAUGCUGAGAAUGUUACAUCUACUGUUUAUCUCCUGUUUUGUGUCAUUUUCUAGACUGAGUAGGAUUUUGUAUCUAGCUGUUACUGUAGAGGGAUAAAAACAUGUAGUAUACAAUAAAUAACCAGAAAAAGAGA